AUGAAUCACAUUUCCGCCUCUACUGCCUCGUCAAUGUCUGGCCAAGGGUAUCUCCCCGCCCCCAAUUGGAACGACCCUCCCCGGAAUCCCCCGGGAAACAACAAACCCGGGCAGUGCCCGAAGCCAGUUGUCAUGCGGGCCGCCUGCGACGCCUGUACUAAGAGCAAGUACAGGUGUGUGGUAGAGGAAGACGGUGUCUGCACUAAGUGCAGACAAAGAAACAUCCAGUGUUCGUUUUCCGUCUCUCGUCGCGGGCAACGGACGCACGGCAGCAGUAACAACAAAAACAACAACAACAACAGCGAUAACGGCGACAACAGCAAUAACGACAACCACACGCCGCCGCCCGCCUCAGCAAACUCUAUCCCGGGCGACUUGGACGACUUGCUGGGGCAGGAUAAUGUGGUGAAUAGCCCGUUCGGCGCCCCCAUCGAUUGGCCCGGCUUGGCCCUUUCCGGGGCGGGAGCUGCUAACGGGGGUGAGGUUGUUCCCGGGACUGGGGCUGUCCCCGGUGUGGGAGCUGUCCCUGCUGCGGGAGCUGUCCCCGGUGCGGGAGUUGUUCCUGCCGUGGGAGUUGUCUCCGGUGCGGGAGCUGUCCCCGCCCUGGGAGCUGUGUCUGGGGUGGGAGCUGUCUCUGGGGUGGGAGUUGUUUCUGGGGUGGGAGUUGUCCCCGGGGCUGGGGUUGCUCCCGGGACGGGGUUGGGUCCUGGGGUAGGAUUUUUGGCUGCGCCCAGGGUCGGACUUUGGUAUGUGCCGGGCUUCGGGUUUAUUCGCGGCACUGAAUUCGACCCGAUUUUUAGGGCUGCGGCUGGGACCUGGUUCGUGCCCAUGGAAGCGUUCCAGUUCCUGGGCUUCUGCAAUUUCGACAAUGGCGUACAGCCAGAUGGAUAG